AUGCAGGAAAAUACCGAUUUCAAUAUAAUGUGUUCAUAUAUCGAGCAAUCUGCUUUUGAAGGCGACGGCACAAGACAAACAUUGUUGGACAAAGAUACUUUUAAUCCACUAGAAUUUUUAUUGAGCCCUUUACCAGAGCUUACUACCAAAAGUGACGCUUCUCAGACGGGAACAACCGAUUUAUUUUCUGAUGAAGACACUUCAUUUGUUUCUUUUGGACCAUCAAACUUGGAAAAUUCUUCAAUCACACCUUCGUCACUUUUCGAUGGAGUCAAUACAGAUUUCUCGAAUAUCUAUUCCAUGCAAGAAACCUCUUCUGAAGAAUUUACGCUAGAUGACUUGACUUUGGAUGAGCUAGUCAAUAGUGAAGUUGAAGGAGAGAGAGUAAGCUACCAAGCUAUGAUCUCAGAUGACAAAGGUGCUUCCACGAAGAAUACCUUUGGUGGUCUAGGGAAAUUAACAAAAGAUUUCGAAGAUUUUUGCCACUCCAUGAAAGAUAUUGCCACUUUAAAUACUUCUUUAAAAAAGAAUAAAAAUAUUGCUAUUCCGCCCCCAGGUGCAUAUCUAGAACAACCUCCCAUGGCUUUAAAAAAAAGAGGAAGAAAGCCAAGAAACUGUGAACAACGUUUAAAACAUAAUCUACGUGAAAGAAAUAGAAAGAGAAGAAUAGCUAACAAAAUAGCAAUUUUAAAGGAAUACUUGCCUGCUUUAUUUGACGACAAUUUUGGACUAAUGACAAAUUUUGGCUCUACCUCUAUGUCUCAUACUGAGAGAGAGAAACAGAGGAAGAGACUUCUUAGUGCAAGAAUUGCUGCAGCAAAGAAUCAAUUUUCUUAUUUGUUUCAGCAUAUUAGCAACAAGCUAUCGCAAGAGGAAGUUGUCACAAGAAUUGCCGAUCAUUUGAAAGACAAGCACAACCAUCAAUAG